GAGGGGCCCAAUGACUGCAGGAAGCAGUGUGAUCCCGACUACUACUUGGACAGAAAUGGCCGCUGCACAGCCUGUGUGAGCUGUUCUGGAGACGACCUCGUGGAGAAGAAGCCAUGCUCAUGGAACUCUACCCGCGUCUGCGAGUGCCGGCCUGGCAUGUUCUGUGGCACAUCAGUCAUCAACUCCUGUGCCCGCUGCCUCCCUCACUCCGUCUGCCCAACAGGGAUGGUUGUCAAGUUCCAGGGCACAGCGCAGAGGAACACUGUCUGUGAGCCGCCUUCCCCAGGGGCCAGCCCCAACUGCAGCGCCAGCCCGCAGGACUGCAAGGCCCCUGCCAGCAGCACCAUCCCCCAGGCCAAGCCCACCCUGACCUCUCCAGCAAGCUCUGAUGCCAGGAUCACACUUCUUGGAGGGGGCACCCCCCUCACCCCAGAAGAUGCUUCUAGAAUCACUACCCACUCUAGCUCCUCCGUGGGGAAGCUCAAUCCAGAUCCAGGGCUGACCCUGCAACAGCCAUGCCCUCAGGGGUCUGCCGACUGCAGGAAGCAGUGUGACCCUGACUACUACCUGGACAGGGACGGUCGCUGCACGGCCUGUGUGAGCUGUUCAGGAGACCACCUCGUGGAGAAGACACCUUGCAUGUGGAACUCCUCCCGCGUCUGCGAGUGUCGACCUGGCAUGUUCUGUGCCACAUCAGCCUCCAACUCCUGUGCCCGCUGCGUCAUCCGCCCCAUCUGCCCACCAGGGAUGGUCACCAGGCUCCAGGAUACGGCUGAGAGGGACACCACCCAUGAGCCACCUCCCCCGGGGACCCACUCUAACUGCAGCACCAACGCAGAGGACAGCGGGGUGCCCGCCAGCCCCACCCCCUCCCUGAUCUCCCUGGCCGACUCCCUGACUGGUAAGGAGCGUGGAGGGGACGUCACCCACGUGCGGGGACGCGCCUCUGUCUCAGCCAGCACUCCUAUAUCCUCCUCCACAGGGAAGCCCACUCUGGUUUCAGGACCUGUGCUCUUCUGGGUGAUCUUGACACUGGUGGUGGUCGUCAGCUUUGGCUCCUUUCUCCUGUGCCACCGGAGGGGCUGCAGGAAGUGGAUGGGGCAGAAGCUCCACCUGUGCUACCCAGUCCAGACCUUCCAGCCCAAGCUGGAGCCUGUGGAUUCCAGGCCCGGGAGGAACCCAAUACUGAUCAGGAGGGUAUCGGUGGCAGAGCCGGGCCUUGAGGAGCAGGGGUUAAUGAGCCCCCCAGCUGUGGAGACCUGCCCCAACCUGGAGAGCCUGCAGCUGCUGGAGGCCAACCCAGCCAGCAGCCCCUCCACCUCCAUGGACCUUCCUGAGCCCCGAGGGACCGCGGAGCACACCAACAACAGGAUUGAGAACAUCUACAUCAUGAAGGCCGACACCGUGAUUGUGGGGACCGUGAAGGCCAAGGUGCCUGAGGGCCAGGGCCCGGUGGGGCCGGCAGGGCCCGAGUUCGAGAAGGAUCUGGAGGUGGACCAUGCCCCCCACUACCCAGAGCAGGAGACGGAACCACUGGCGGGCAGCUGUGGGGACGUUAUGUUCUCGGUGGAGGAGGAAGGGAAGGAGGACCCCUUGCCCACGACCGCCUCUGGGAAAUGA